GGGGACCCCUCACGUCUGGGGGUGGCUUCUGCUAGGCGGCUGCCUCCUCAUCAGCGCUCAGAUGGAUUCUGAUGGCACCAUUACGAUAGAGGAGCAGAUUGUUCUUGUGCUUAAAGCUAAAGUGCAGUGUGAACUCAACAUCACAGCUCAGCCCCAGGAAGGAGAAGGAAACUGUUUCCCAGAAUGGGAUGGACUCAUUUGUUGGCCCAGAGGAACAGUGGGGAAAAUAUCUGCUGUCCCAUGCCCUCCUUAUAUAUAUGACUUCAAUCACAGAGGACUUGCUUUCCGACACUGCAACCCCAAUGGAACAUGGGAUUUUAUGCAUAGUUUAAAUAAGACAUGGGCAAAUUAUUCAGACUGUCUUCGCUUUCUGCAGCCAGAUGUCAACAUAGGAAAGCAAGAAUUCUUUGAACGCCUCUAUGUCAUGUACACCAUUGGGUACUCUAUCUCCUUUGGUUCCCUGGCUGUGGCUAUUCUCAUCAUUGGUUACUUCCGACGAUUACAUUGCACCAGGAAUUAUAUCCACAUGCACUUAUUUGUGUCCUUCAUGCUGAGGGCUGUAAGCAUCUUUGUCAAGGACAGAGUGGUCCAUGCUCAUAUAGGCGUCAAGGAGCUCCAGUCUCUGAUAUUGCAGGAUGACCUACAGAGCUCCAUUGAGGCAUCUUCCGUGGACAGGUCACAGUAUGUUGGGUGCAAGAUUGCUGUUGUGAUGUUUAUUUACUUCCUGGCUACCAACUACUAUUGGAUCUUGGUGGAAGGUCUCUACUUGCAUAGUUUAAUCUUUGUGGCUUUCUUUUCGGAUUCCAAAUAUCUGUGGGGAUUCACCUUGAUAGGCUGGGGGUUCCCUGCAGUAUUUGUUGCAGCCUGGGCUAUGGCACGAGCAACUCUGGCCAAUGCGAGGUGCUGGGAACUUAGUGCUGGAGACAUCAAAUGGAUUUAUCAGGCCCCAAUCUUAGCAGCCAUUGGGCUGAAUUUUAUUCUGUUUUUGAAUACGGUUAGAGUUCUGGCUACAAAAAUUUGGGAGACGAAUGCAAUUGGACAUGACACAAGAAAGCAAUACAGGAAGCUUGCCAAAUCCACGCUGGUGCUGGUGCUGGUCUUUGGAGUUCACUACAUUGUAUUCGUGUGCCUGCCCCACUCCUUCUCUGGGCUUGGAUGGGAGAUCCGGAUGCACUGUGAGCUCUUCUUCAACUCCUUUCAGGGUUUCUUUGUGUCAAUCAUCUACUGCUACUGCAAUGGAGAGGUUCAGUCCGAGAUGAAGAAGUUGUGGAGUAGGUGGAAUCUUUCCCUCGACUGGAAAAGCGCGCCCCCAUGCGUCGGCCAUAGGUAUGGUUCAGUGCUCACCACUGCGACUCAGAGCACCAGUGUGGUGCUCAUCUCCAGCAAAACCACCAAGACAGUCUGCAGGCCCCCUGACUGUCACGUGACCUUACCCGGCUACGUCUGGAGUAACUCAGAGCAGGACUCCCUGCCGCAAUUGACCCAGGAGGAGACUAAGCAAAGCACCGGAAGGGAAGGAGAUGAGAUACAAAUGGACGGAUCUUCUAGAUCAUCGGAAUUAAACCCCAACCUGGAAGGAAGCAAAGCAGAAACCGAGGAUGUUCUUUGA